AUGGACAUGGCUGCGACAACACCACGACGUUCUUUCCGUACGCCGCACAAUCAUACUCCGAAAAUGUCUGAACGGAAAAAGGGGUUAUUCUUGGCGGAAAACGAAGCAUCUAGAGAUUCGCUGACAAAACAUAGAAGGCUUCCAGUUGUUGAUAGCGAGAGCGAUAGUGACUGUGACUUGGGCAUUAUCAGCACUCUGGAUUCAAGUUCUGGAGAUGAGACUGAUCCAAACUUUCCAAAGACUCCAGAGAGGACGCUUUGGCAUGAAACUAGAAGCCAUACAAAAAAGCUGCGAGAAACUCAAGACUUGAAGAAUUUUAUUAAAUCACCGUUCACUCUUAAAAAAUAUCAAACAAGAUAUUCAUGCCCUGAAACUAGAUGUUCUCUGUCCACACCCGCAACCCCUCACUUACAAAACCACCCAGGAACCCCAUCUUCCACUCAUUCUUGUGCAAGUGUGCACACAACUUCCUCAACUUCCAGCAAGGCUCGCAAAAGCCUUGCUAGUCUCAUAGCUGACACAGAAAGUUGCAGUAGUUCUCUUAAAGAUUUAAAUUUUGACACUGAUUCUGGUACAGAUUCUAAAGAAAACACACCAACCAAAUUUCUUAGGAGAUCCAAUAGAAAACAAAAAAUGACACCUAAACUGCAAAGUUUCAAAGGUGUAUUAGUUGAACAAAAAAAGAAUGUAUCACCCAUGAAGAAUGCUGUAGUCUGCCUUACUAAGAUGGAUAUGAGCAGCUACAUAUCUCCAACUCAAUUGCUUAAAACACCCCAUAAUACUUCAGAGAACAAAUCUCCACCCAAAUUGGGUCACAACCGUAGAUCUGUCAUAGAAAUAGGUGAAAGUCCUGAAUCUGCUUGUGACAGUGAAAAAAGUCAUAAAAGACUUCAUUACGAAGACAUGACUGAUUCUGGUCCAAUAUCAAAAUAUCCGAGAUUAGAAACUAGCAUAGCUCCUAAAGCUAGACUCUCACUGUUCAACAGUGAUAGGUUGAAAGAAAUUUUAUCAACAAAAUCAUUUUAUGGUAAAUCUAACCCUGAACUAAACACUAACAUAUCUGCUAAGAUAUCUAACGCAAUUGAAGUGUCUAACAGUAAUCGACGACGGUCCCUAGUUUCUCAUUCCCAUAGAUCCAAGAGGAAACCAGGUCAGAUCAAUAUGGGUGUGAAACAUAGGAUUCGCAAACCCAAAAUGACUAAGUCUAAACCUAUUAUGAAAAACCUUAAUAAUUCUGCACCUAGUGUACUAAAUAGCAGCAUUUCAUCACAGACAUCUGAAAAAACAUUGGACAAAAAUGCUUCAAUUUUGAGCCAAUCUUCUGCUGAUGAAAAAAACGAUCCUUUUGACAAAGAAAAACAAACAAUCGAAGUGUUACUUAGUCAAUGGACUGAAGAAGAAAUACCUGAAUCGGAACUCAUUUACGCUAAGCCUCGUCAAGAGGUGCCGUGCUUUAACAGCAAUGUUAUUGAAGCUACCAGUCAAAUAUUCCAGCCAGUGACUGCUAUACCUGUCUCCGAUAACACCAUAAAGCCACAGGACUCGGAGAGUGUUAUUGUGGAAUUGGGAACCCAAUCUAUUAACUUGCCUCCGAAAAAUGUACCAGAAAAUCUUGUUACAAACCAAAUAGUAGCUAAUAUUCCUGAAAAUGUUGUUUUUAUUAAUAAUGUGACGGAAAAUGCAAGUCAAAUACCAGAUAAUGUGGCAAAUUUUCCACAAAAUGGAGUUCAAGAUGUUUCCAUGGAGGAAGGUCACAGUGCAAGUCAUGGGGUUAUGCCCAAAACUGGUCAGUUCCUGCCAGUUGAAGGAGGUUAUAUAUUUGUGGUUGGCGAUAUUGCACCUGGUCAAAAAGAAAUUCCCGAUUUGGAUGAAAUAGAAAGGGAACUGAAAAUGUUAGAUGAACAAAUAUUACAAAUGGCGCAGUCCAACAACAUCGACGCGAAUGCAGUUCUUGCUUCCACUGAGACCAUACCUGUUACAGAAGAAACAGCAGUCACGGAUGAAGCGAGGGACAAACCACAAAAGCUAUUCCCAAUAUUCAGUAAACCUAACGCUGGCAUCAGUUCUCCGAGCACUGCUAAAGUGGAAAAAACCAAGAAAACCUUACUGAAGACAGGGAAUAAUCAGUAUAUAAUAGAUGCCGGACAGAAAAAGUUUGGCGCCACGCAGUGCACUGAGUGUGGAGUUAUUUAUGAGAUUGGGAAUCCCGAAGACGAGCAUGACCAUUUAAUACAUCACACUGCUUCAGAUGUACUGAGAUUUAAUGGUUGGAAAGAAGAAUGUAUAGUGGACAGACAAGAAACAUCCCGCUGUAUCAAAGUACGGGGUGGUGAUGCAGGGUGGAAGAGGGUGGAAACACUCCUCACCAGGGUCAUUCACCCACAUCUGGGAUACGCUGAGCGACUCCCGCGGGAUUCCCACACUUAUACUGCAUAUCUAUGUAUUGAAAAGAAACAAAUAUUAGGGUGUUUAAUAAUGGAGCCCAAAGUCAAGGCCAAUAAACUCAUUCCUGGCGACCCGGACUGCUGCAGUGCCGAAGAGUAUCCAGUCAAAUGUGGAGUAUCCCGAAUAUGGACCCACGCGAGUUUCCGCCGUCGCGGCAUUGCUGUGAGGUUGCUAGACUGUGCCCGAGCCUCCCUACUACACGGGUGUGGGGUGCUUCUCUCUGAAGUAGCCUUCAGUGCUCCAACACCAGCGGGCAAAGCCCUAGCUACAAAGUACUGCGGCACACCAAACUUCUAUGUGUACUUGGAC